AACACCACCGAACAUCCACGCCCCAUCACUACCACCACCGCCACCACCCACAAUGACUUCCUCCAUCCCCCUCCUCAACCCAUCCCCCGCAACCGCCACAACCGUCGCAUACCCGUUCACCACCAACGACGUCAACGACGUCAACGGCGUCAACGUCGACAACGUGAGCAUCAGCGGCGGCGGCGGCGGCGGCGGGAGGAGGACGUGCGUGUACCGCGAGGCCUACAAGCACAUCCUGCUGCCCGUCGUCUACAGCGUCGUCUUCGCCCUCGCCCUCGCGCUCAACGGCUCCGUCCUCUACCUCUGCGCCUUCCGCACGGAGCGCCGCCGCUGGAGCGCCAACCUCGUCUACCUCGCCAACCUGGCGGCGGCCGACCUCCUCUACGCCUGCUCGCUGCCCCUCCUGGUGCUCAACUACGCGCGGCGCGACCGGUGGCCCUUCGGCGACGCGGCCUGCCGCGCCGUCCGCUUCGCCUUCUACGCCAACCUCUACGGCAGCGUCGCCUUCCUCGCCGCCGUCAGCCUCAACCGCUACCUCGGCGUCUGCCACCCGCUCCGCUUCGGCGGCCUACGGGGCCGCCGGGCGGCCGCCCGCGUGUCGGCGGCCGCGUGGCUCGCCGUGGCGGCGGAGACGGCGCCGACGGCGGCGUUCGCCCGCUCCGGGGUGCUGAGCGGGCGCGCCGUCUGCUACGACCUGACGAGCCCGGAGAACUUCGCCGCCUACUUCCCCUACGGCGUGGCGCUCACCGCCGUGGGCUUCGCGGCGCCGUUCGCCGUCGUCGCCGCCUGCUACGUCGCCAUCGUGCGCGCGCUGCUGCGCCGGCGCAGGUCCAGGGUCGGGCAGAGGGCGGGCGGCCGCUCGUUCAGGCUCAUCGCCGUCGUGUGCCUGAGCUUCGCCGUCUGCUUCCUGCCCUUCCACGUGACGCGCAUGGUGUACCUCUUCGUCAAGACCAUCGGCGGCGUCGGCGACGAGCCGUCGUGCGAGCUCGUGCAGACUGUGUCGACCAUCUACAAGGCGACUCGCCCCCUCGCCAGCCUCAACUGCUGCAUCAACCCCGUGCUCUACUUCCUGUCGGGGGACUACUACAGGCGCGGGGGAGCCGCGCGCUGGCGAUGCUGCGGCGGCGGCGGCGGCGGCGGAACGGUGGUGCCGGCGUCGACCGCGGGAGCGUCGCGCGACUCUGAGCCGUCCAACACCGACGCGGUGGUGGCGGCGGUGGUGGCCGUGGAAGGGCGCUAG